AUGCCAACAGUGCAUUUAAUAGAUUUUUUGGAGGGAGAAAUCCAAGCGAUGAUUGAGGGACGAACGAUGCGUCGUCGCUUUGGCAUAUUUACGACGUCCGCGUUUACUCCAACAAAAAAAAUAAUGGACGAGAACCCUCCAAAGUAUGCUGUUGGACCGAUGGGCUCUCGUUAUAUGCCUCCGCCUGUCGGAUAUCCUAAUGUACAAUAUACAAAUGAACCUGUUCAACAGAUGCAGUAUUAUCCUCCACAACCUCACCCGCAUACGGUUACACCACAGGAAGCUGCUAUAGCAAAAUUGGAGAAUUCACUGUCGAGUAUGGAGGAACAGCAUAUGGUAAAUGAUCCACGGUACUCCCAAAUGCUUAUGAUCAAGCACAAAGUCGCUGGAGUUAUGGUUUUUGAAACAAUUGGCGCUUACAAACAGCUAGCCAGGCAGGAACCUUUAGCACCGAAUCUUAUGGCUGCUGUUACGAAUAGACCUAUACAUCGGUUAACUACCCUUUUACCAAGACCGUAUGACUGCCCUGCCGAGGGAAAAAAUGGAGAAAAGCUACCAUAUGACUUAAUGAAAAUACUUUCAUUACAUCAGCAGCGAGCUAACAAAGUCACCUCUGUACUUCCCCCUGCUGGAAUUGAUCCAGUUGCUCUCUUGAAAGAACGGGAAAACAGGAUACAGAAUCGAAUUGGUGCUCGAAUAGCACUUCUUUCAAAUUUGCCUGCAAAUAUUAGUAACUAUCUUCGCACUAAAGCUGAAAUUGAGCUCAGAUCACUUCGUCUUUUGAAUUUGCAGACUCAGAUUCGAUCUGAAAUAGUAAGUCAGCUUAAAAAGGAUACGACACUUGAAACAGCCCUCAACCCUAAUGCUUUCCGAAGGACGAAGAAGCAAGCAUUAAGGGAGGCACGGGUCACUGAAAAGUUAGAGAAACAGCAGAAGGCACAACAAGAACAAAGAAGGAAACAGAAGCAUUACGACUUUUUACAAGCCGUUAUACAACAUGGAAAGGAGUUUAAGGAAUAUCACCGUAAUAAUCAGGUAAAACUCAGUAAAGUCAAAAAAGCUGUUAUGACUUACCACGCAAAUAACGAAAAAGAGAGGAAGAAAGACGAGUUAAGAAACGAAAAGAUGCGUAUGCAGAAACUCAUGCAGGAGGAUGAGGAAGGCUAUCGGCAACUUCUGGAUGAGAAGAAGGAUAAGAGAUUGGUAUUUCUCUUGCAACAGACAGAUGAAUAUGUAGAAAGUCUUACUGGAUUAGUUAAGCAGCACCAGGCUACAGAGAAACCCGGAGAUUCUGGGGAAAUGCGACUUUUUGUCAGAGAAACAGCAACGGGCACAAUGUUACCUGCAAGCGAGUGCCCGAAACCAGAAGAGGUUGACGCUUGGCUUGAAACUCAUCCUGGUUAUGAGGCAGAAUCAGAUGAAUCUGAUGAUGAAAUUAUUGAGCCUGUUGAAACCAAAAAGGAUGAUGAAUUUGAAGGGCUGGAUGAGGAAACAAGGAAUAGAAAGAUUAUUGAAAAAGCUCGUAAUGAAGAAGACGAAUACGAUCAGAAAAAUAGGAGGCAAAUGGAAUCAUAUUAUGCAACUGCACAUAAGAUUAAAGAAAAAGUUGUUACCCAGCAUUCGACAAUGGGUGGUGGUAAUCCCAACCUCCAGCUGAAACCUUAUCAGUUAAAAGGUUUGGAAUGGAUGGUUUCGCUUUAUAACAACAAUCUGAAUGGUAUUUUGGCGGACGAGAUGGGUCUUGGGAAAACGAUUCAAACUGUGGCAUUAGUUACUUAUCUUAUGGAAGUUAAAAAAAUAAAUGGACCUUAUCUUGUUAUUGUUCCCUUAUCCACGAUAUCAAAUUGGGCACUUGAACUAGACAAAUGGGCUCCACAUGUUGUAAAAAUUGUAUAUAAGGGCACAAAGGAUGCGCGGCGUAAAAUGGAUGCCCAGAUUAGAAAAAAUGCCUUUAAUGUCCUUCUUACUACCUAUGAUUACGUAUUGAAAGAGAAGGCCGUCCUUGGGAAGAUACGAUGGAAAUACAUGAUCAUUGAUGAAGGUCAUCGUAUGAAGAAUCAUAAUUGCAAAUUAACGCUGGUUUUGAACGGGUAUUUUACUGCUCAGCAUCGACUGCUUUUAACUGGAACACCGCUGCAAAAUAAACUUCCCGAGCUUUGGGCUCUUUUAAAUUUCCUUUUGCCGUCUAUUUUCAGUUCAUGUGGUACUUUUGAACAAUGGUUCAAUGCUCCUUUCGCUACUACCGGCGAGAAGGUGGAGUUAAAUCAAGAAGAAACAAUGUUGAUCAUCAGGAGGCUUCAUAAGGUGUUGCGCCCAUUUCUACUCAGACGCUUGAAGAAGGAAGUUGAAAGCCAACUUCCAGAAAAAACUGAAUACGUUCUCAAGUGCGAUAUGAGUGCUUUGCAAAGAAUUCUUUAUCAACACAUGCAGAAAGGGUUGUUGAUUGACAGCAAAAGUACUGGCGGAACUAAAGCGCUUAUGAACACAGUAGUGCAUCUGAGAAAACUGUGUAAUCAUCCUUUUCUUUUUGAAAAUAUUGAAGAGGAUUGCCGCAAGUUUUGGAAAGUUCCUGAGAUUACGGGCAGAGACUUAUAUCGAGUUAGUGGUAAAUUCGAGCUGCUAGAUCGCGUAUUACCCAAACUAAAGGAGUCAGGGCACAGAGUGUUAAUGUUUUGUCAGAUGACAACGUUAAUGAACAUAAUGGAAGACUAUCUGCAUUUCCGAGAAUAUAAGUAUUUGCGUCUUGAUGGUAAUACGAAGCCUGACGAAAGAGGCCAGCUUCUUUCGCUUUUCAACGCGCCAGAUAGUGAAUAUUUUAUUUUUAUUCUUUCUACCAGAGCAGGUGGACUUGGUCUUAAUCUUCAAACUGCCGAUACUGUUAUAAUAUUUGAUUCUGAUUGGAAUCCUCAUCAGGAUAUGCAAGCGCAAGAUCGAGCUCACAGAAUUGGACAGUCACGUGAAGUGCGGGUCUUACGUCUUAUAACUGUAAACAGUAUUGAAGAGAAAAUCCUUGCUGCAGCUAGAUUCAAAUUAAAUGUUGAUGAGAAGGUCAUUCAAGCGGGAAAGUUUGAUCAGAGAUCGACAGGUGCAGAAAGGCGGCGUAUGUUGGAACAAAUUAUUAGUGCUGAAAAUGAGGAUGAUGAUGAGGAUGAAGUCCCAGAUGACGAGACAAUUAAUCAGAUGGUAGCAAGAUCAGAGGAAGAAUUUGACCUUUUCCAGAAGAUGGAUAUAGAGCGGAGACGUCAGGAAGCGUCGGAGUUACAUCGAAAACCUCGACUAAUUGAGCACGAUGAAAUACCUGCAGGAAUUUUGAAGGCGUCAGAAGAGUUUUUAGAGGAUGAAAAAAAACCUCAAAAAGAAAGGCUUCAGUCACUCAUUCAACCUAUUGGUAGGCGUCAGCGCAAAGAGGUGGACUACUCGCAAGACUUGAUGUCGGAUAGGGACUGGCUCAAGAGCUUAGACGAAGAUCUAGAGGACGAAGAUGACGAAGAAGAAGAAGAGAGGCGGAAAAGACGUGCCAGAAGUGGAAGAAAUAAACGGAAAAAGCAACAUGAUGAUGAUGAAGAUGAUGCUCCUAAACGUAAAAGAGUUUCUUCUGAACUGACAAAUCUUUUAAAUAAACUACAUGAUUCCCUUAUCAACUUCAAGACGAGCGAUGGUAGGGAAAUUGCUGUUCCGUUUGAGAAACUUCCAUCUCGAAGGGAGCUUCCUGAUUAUUAUGAAGUAAUUGAAAAUCCAAUGGACUUCAACAGGAUAAAAAAGAAGAUUCGGGAUGGGAAGUAUAGCAGUGUUCAGGAUAUGGGAAAGGAUGUCAAAUUAUUGUGCGAAAAUGCGAGGCGCUACAAUAUGGACGGUUCUGAAAUUUUUGAGGAUUCUUUAUUAUUAGAAAAGGUUUGGGAGCAAUUAUGUGGUGCUAAAAAGAAUUCUGAUGCCAAUAAUAAACCACCUCCACCCAAGUCAGCAGAGUCGAGCCGUCCGACUUCUGCUGCUAGUAGCUCUAGAAAUAGUCCUGUUGUUGCUGAGGAGAAGCCCCAAGAAGUUCAAGUUCAGGGGUAUUCUUAUCAGAAAUUUAAGUUGAAGGGUAGAGAAUUUGGGGGUUCACAGGCUGUUGUGGUUGUUAAGCCUCUGAAUCAGAAGUACUUACGUAUUCUCUCAGCGGGACUGGGAUUAUCGGCUUUUUAUAGUGCAAUUGGUUAUGCCGCCGGUCGUUUCAAAAAUUAUGAGUUAUUUAAAGUUCUGCGAAUAAUCUGUUUAUCGGUCAGCAUUGAUAAUCGAGAAAAGUCUCAUGAAAUAGUUAUAAAUCUUUGA